AUGCUCUCCGCAUUUCCACACUUGACCGCAGAGGAGUUUGCUCAAGCAUGUUCCGACUUGCGUCGAAGAUACCGCGAGCGUGAUAGCAGCAGAGGAGAUUGGCAGUCAGUGGAAAUCAUUCCUUCCACCGAUACGCCUUAUCUGCGGAUUGCCAAAGAGCUGCGCGAAGAUGCAAAGCACGAUGCAGGAUUUCAUGUUGACAGUGAAGACGACGAAGUAGAAGAAGACGAUGAUGAAGUCCUUAAUACGCCUCGAAAGAUUCCAGCACUGAUACAGUACGAUAUCCUCCUAUCGCCAGUCUACCAAGUUCCAGUCCUCUACUUCGGCAUAUCAGACCUGCAGCAUCGCUACCCACCGACCAUGACCACGCUGUACGAGCAUCUGAUACCCUCGCAAUUCAAGGCCCAAGCUGAGAACACGGGCGUCAUGGGCGGCGUCACCAUCAACGAUCAUCCGGCUACCAACCGUCCCGUGUUCUUCAUUCAUCCUUGCCAGACGGCUGAGGUGAUGGAAGCCAGCGUUGGCGACAAAGCCAUCACUGCGGAAGAGUAUUUGUUGAUGUGGAUCGGAGCUCUCGGGGGAUGCGUUGGGUUGAGUGUUCCGCUCGCUCUGAUGCGACAAGAGACGUCUAACACGAUGGUGCCAUAA